UGAAGGGCACUUCAGACUUCUGCAUAUUCAAGACGUUGGCAUUAGCAUGACCCUAAAAAGUCCAAAAGUGAAUAAGUGUAGACUGCAUAUUCUAAAAUCCAGACCUGUCUGAACAUGAAGUGCACACCAGCACAUUAAACUUUUCCUAUAUAGAUUCCUCAUAAGCUAAAUUUCUGUGAUUGUAUUCAUAUGCUAUGAUGGCUGGCUCCCUCCUAGUAAUUGUGCUCCUCUUUGAUUUUAUAUCGGGGUUGCAAUCAGCUUGUAUGCCUCCUCCAUCAAUACAAUGCAAAAUAAACCCUGGAUUUAACAUCUUCAAUCCUCUGGGCAUUUGGGAAGACAGUGAGACCUGUAUGCCUUCUUUAUCAAUAGAAAGCAAUUUAAGCACUGGAUGCCAGAUAUUCAAUCCUCUGGGUAUUUGGGAUGACCGGGGCACUUGUAAAGCUGCAAACGCUGCAUGGCCCAAAUCAGAAUCCGAGCUUAUACAGGCAGUUGCCCAUGCAGUGAAAAUCAAUCAAAAGAUUAGAGUGGUGAGUUGGCUGGCUCACAGUCUAUCAAAAUUAGCCUGUGUAGGAAAACAAGGGCUCAUCAUCUCCACCCAAAACUAUAAUUCAGUAAUUGCAAUCAACAAAACUGCAAUGACAAUUACUGUUCAAUCUGGAGCAAUGAUGAAUGAUGUAAUUGAAGAAGCUGCAAAGGAAGGACUUGCUCUGCCUGCAAUGAUUUACUGGAAUGGAGUUUCAGCAGCAGGAGUUGUUUCUACUGGAGCCCAUGGCAGUGGUCUGUCAGGAAGAGGCAGUGGGGUUUAUGAAUAUGUUGUUGGGAUGAAAUUGGUAGUCCCUGCACCUCCUUCCCAAGGCUAUGCAAACCUCAUCACCUUGAGUGAAUCAGAUUCAGAUCUGAAAGCUGCAAAGAUAUCUCUUGGAACGCUUGGAGCAAUCUCUGAAAUAACCUUCACAUUGCAGCCUAUGUUCAAGACCUCAUUUUCAGCCAUCGUGAAAGAUGAUAAUGAUCUAGAAAAAGAAGCUGAGAGUUUCCUAAGAGCCAGUGAAUACGCAUAUAUAAAUUGGUUUCCCUCACAAAGGAAAGCAAUUUUCCAAACUAACCAUGUUGUUUCUGUUGAUAUACCUGGCGAUGGCCUCAACACAGUAGUUGGAAGUCCAGUCACAGCUAUGAGCGUUGAAACAAGUGCUUAUCAGUAUGACAAAAUCCAAGCAAAUGAAGAUGUGGAUGAAAUCUGCAAGGUAUUAGACGUGCUGAUCUCAUCCGCAACAAAGGGCAGUGGCUUCUUGAAUGACGGAAAACAGUUCACAGGGUACCCUGUAAUUGGAUUCAAUCAUCGGAUGCAAACCUCUGGUGGAUGCCAAGGAAAUCACCCUAAUUAUCAAGAUAACCACAAGAGCUGCACUCCCAACAAGAUUUUGGAUAAAAACAAUACAGUCUGUUUCUGGGAUCGACGGCUACACACUAAUUUGUUCUUCGACGUGGAGUUGAGAGUAUCAACGUUUCAUCUACACGAGGCAAUUGAGGACAUAAAGAAAAUUAGGGAUUUGAAACCCUCAAGACUGUGUGACAGGGGUUCAGUGGGUGGAAUAUACAUGCGCUCUGUGAAGAAGUCAGAUGCAUAUCUUGGACCUGCAGAGGAUCAGGUGACUUUGGAGCUGCAAACUUAUCGGCCAAGGGAAGCAGGCAUACCCAAGUGGAAUGAAGAUGUUUUUCAAGAAAUUGAGCAAAUGGUAAUAGAAAAGUACAGAGGAGUACUACACUGGGGGAAAGCCGGAGGUCACUUGUUUGAAGGUGUCGCCAAGUGGGCUGUAAACCUGGAGGAAUUCCUCAAGGUGAAGGACAGGUUUGAUCCCAGUGAAGUUUUUUCUAAUGAUUGGACUGAUGGGUUGUUUGGGAUCGGAGGGAGAAGACUGGAGGAAUUUAGGGAUGGAUGCGCUCUGGAUAAAAUGUGUAAGUGCAGAGAGGAUAAACAUUGUGCUCCAGACAAAGGAUAUUUCUGCGGAGAGGGAAGAAUUUGGAACAAGGCUCGUGUUUGCAGGAAAUCAUCUCCAUAGUGUCGAUGGGGUCACUCAUGCAGAUUCAUGUGCCACUUGCAUCUUCAAAUUUAAGAUGUUUUGCUUUUGUUUGCUAUCUGAUCAUUGUUCGAGUAGUGUCAUUGAGGGCACUUAUGCAGAUUCUUGAUCUUGAUCAUCAUCUUGGCCUUUAAGGAGUUUCUUCACUCAACACUAUGGCAGUUAUCAUUCGACAGUUGUCCACACUUUUCUUGUAUCACAAAGGAUAUUCUUCUGCACUUUAUAUAGUUGUAAUUGUGAGGGGGGGUUUUGUUCCCACUGGGUUUUCCCUCUUUCCUCUUUUCCCUCUUUCCUUUUCCUCUUUUCUCCUUAGUCAGGCUUAAGGGGGGGUGUUUGCGUAACAACUUUUGUUACCUUCGUAAUUCACGGAUCUGACUCCGGUCUUCUCCUUUGUUUAUGGUGAUAAACUAAUGAUUGCAUUCUCCAGUAGACUUAUGGUAGACUUAUGUUUGCAUGAUCACUUAGUUAAGCCUAACCAAGGUGAACAACAAGUUAAUUUUUCAUGCUCCACCUCUUUCAUUGUAACCAACCAGUUUUGCAGUUGUUCUUCUUUGUUUCUUCCAUUGCUAAUGCGGUGGUUCUUUGUAUAAAACUAUGCAUUCAAUAGAUUGUAAUUGUGACAAUGAAUUAAUAGAAUUACAUUCAUUUUGUUUUA